AUGGACGCUUGGGAGGCCACCAAGGUGGUGUUCGACCGGGUGCGCGCACUAGACCCCGACAACGCCUCCAAGAUCAUGGGCCUGCUCCUCAUCCAGGACAACAGCGAUAAGGAGCUCAUCCGCCUCGCCUUCGGCCCCGAGCACCUCCUUCGCGCCUUCAUCGCCAGCGCGCGCGCUGAGCUCGCCGGCAAGCCCGCGUCUCCACCAUUGCUCGUACUCAACCCGCUGCAGACCGGCCCACCCUGGGGCAUAUCGAGCCUUGGAAGCGGCGACCAUCAGUCGCCAUUCGCCACCGCCGAGUAUGUCGGGUAUGACGACGGCGACACGUUCUACCCCGAGAACAAGCAUGAUUGCUGGUCCCCGGUGAGCGGCGGACACCGCCGGAGCUUCUCGCUGAGUGAUGCCGAGGUGGCCGCGUGGAGGCCGUGCACAUACUUCGCGCGUGGUUAUUGCAAGUAUGGCUCCUCUUGCCGGUUCUUGCACGGCCCGCCUGAGGACGACGCGGCAGCGACGGAGCGUGAGAUAGCGGUCAUGCGCGCCAAGGCCUUGGCCGCCGCGUGGCCGCAGCAGCACAUGGCACCGGCAUUCCCCUUCUCGCCGUCGCCGCUCAAAGGCGUCGACCUCAACUUCCUGCUCCACCACCAGCAGCAGAACGAACCCCAAAGGAAGGCCAUGCUACUUGGCCGUGGCGACAUGCACAGGUUCCCGGUGCACUCGCCUCGGAUGGACCGCGGCGACCUCAUCGCCGGCCCUGCCGCGAGGCAGAUCUACCUGACAUUCCCAGCCAACUCCACCUUCAGCGAGGAAGACGUGUCCAACUACUUCAGCAUGUAUGGGCCGGUGCAGGACGUGCGCAUCCCUUACCAGCAGAAGCGCAUGUUUGGCUUCGUCACCUUCGUCUAUGCGGAGAGCGUGAGGAUCAUCCUGAGCAAGGGCAACCCGCAUUUCGUGUGCGACGCGCGCGUGCUUGUCAAGCCAUACAAGGAGAUGGGCAAGUUCCGCGACAGGUUCAGGAAGUUGCAGCACCCGCACCAUGGGGAUUUCGCUGGCUGCACGUCGCCCACUGGAUUGCUUGAUUCCAAGGACCCCUUUGAUCUGAAGCAGCCACAGAUUGGACCCAGGAUGAUGUACCGGACCAUUACUAACCACGAGGUGUAUCUGAGGAGGAAGCUCAAAGGGCAGCAGCAAGCCAUUGAGAUGGAGGGACGCCGGUUCAUGGGGCUGCAGCCCCUUGACCUCAGGAGCAGGGAUCACCAUCUUGGCUCCCCCAUGCCUCUUGGACAAGCUCAAGGUCAACUUCUUGACCCUGACAAGUUUUUGUCUCUUGCACUGGUGAGGUGCUUGCAGGUUGUGACAUUGAAUCCAUGGUUUUUGGUUGUAGAUAACAAUUUGAACAGUACCAGGUUUGCAAUGAGUGCGCCUGCAGCUGCUGCAAUCUCUGCAGCUGAUGCAGAAGGCAAGCACGAGGAGCAGCAGGAAGAGGAUGGUGAUGCCAGUCGCAAGCAGACGGUCAACCUUAGGGAAGUGGAGAAAAGAGAAUCUGGUCCUGUGACAGCAACUCAAAAUGUUGCUUUUGGCUUCCAAGAAAGUGGCAUGGUGGACCACAUAUUACCUGAGAGCCCGUUUGCAUUUCCAACCAAGACCUCUAUUGAUACUGAUACAAUAGCCCAAAAUGGCAACAUCGACAACAACAGCCCUCAUCAUGUGGCUUCAUCCCUCUUCCCACCUACAUCCAACCUUGAGCUGCCUCCAUACAGGUCCUGCUUCUUUCAGGUGCCCAAGUUUUCUCCUGGACAUGAAGCGAUUGGCAUGUGA